CAUUGCGAUUCUCUUUUGGCCUUCUAUUCUUUCAAAAUUCGCCGAAUAACGAACAACGCGUCGCUCCGCAUCGCUUUUUUUUCCUGUGCGCCUCUCGUUCUGCCCGCUGCAAAACAAAACGAAAUCGAAACCGAACUGAAAACAACGGGACCGUUGACUCUCGCUCGGCCCAGGAUCGUUCCAGGAGCGAGUGAAACGGAACGCGUGUUCCGAUGUGCGGAACUGGGUAAGGAGGCGACGGCGGUGGCGUCGACGGCAACGGCAAUGGCGACGGCGACGUAAAGUCGAUUGCGAACGGACGCAGACCGAAACAAAAGUGAAAACGUGCAAAAUACAAAUACAACUGCGGCAAAAUGUGCGACGCUGCGGCAACGGCGUCGGAGACGGCGACCACAGCGCUGCUGGCAGGAGUUAGUGCAGUGACGGUGCCUGGGGCUGGAACACCGGGAGCAGCUGCCCCCAGCACAACUACAUCCACAUCCCAGCCGGAAGCUUCGGCGACAGCAACAGCAACCACGACGAUGACGGCGGCGACGACGCCGCUGGCGACGAAGAGCGAGCGGGCGGCGCGACAAAACUGCUGUCGCCUGUGCAUCGCUCCAGCCACCGAGUGCAUCUCGAUCAUCAACAGCUAUGCAGCGGACAAGGAGCCGCUGUCCACCAAGAUCCACAACUGCGUCAGCAUCAAGAUCACCGCCCAGGAUCGACUGUCGCUGCAUAUAUGCCACGCCUGCAUCAGCUACCUUAACUCGUGGCAGAGCUUCAAGAACCGAUGUCACAGCUCACAGACAAAGCAGCGCCAGUGGCUGGAGACCAGCAACAAAAGCAAGCUCUUUAACUAUCUGGACCUGAACAGUGCCGAAAACGGUGGAGCCUCCUCCGAUCAUCAGCAUCAACAGCAUUCGCAGGCGGCGCAUCAACCGCAAUCGGAGAAUGAGCUUGACGCAGAGAAGGCGAUGGCACCCGCCACCACGGCCGCCAACAUAUUGGAUGGCAUACCAUCGCUGAAGAAACGCAAAUCCCUAACAGUCUAUCCGCUGCCAGCGUUGCCCAUCAAAGAUGAGCCAAUUGACACGGACGAUGACUACCAGAUGAAGAUGAUAGACGAGUCCGACGACAUGGUCGAUCCCACAAUGUUCCUAGAGCGUUCCGAGCACGAGGGCGAUAUGCCGUUAAUGGCCUCGGAAUACGACUAUACGGCCCAGCAUGGCGUUAAUGCCCAUUCUUUGGCCGCCGGACUGCCACCGAAUGCUGUGGCCAAUGUGGCCGCCGCCGGGGAUUCCAAGGUGGCCAGCUGUCGUGCCUGCAGCCUACAGUUCUCCACCCGAGCGAAUGCCCGUCGACAUGAACGGAAUCUGCACCCGAACCUCUUCCAGCUAUCCACGGACUCGCUCCACAAUACGUCAGUUACAAAGCCAACGCCAGCCUUGGCCGCCGCAUUGGAAAUUCAACGGGCGGCAGCUGCAGCGGCCACCGCAGAGGCGAAUCGUGCUGUGGGCGCUGCCGGUGGUAAUAUCACUCCACAGAAAUACCGACAGGUGGUGAUGAAUGCAUUCAUCAAAUGCGAGGGCGGCGGCUAUGACUAUGACAAUCCGGAGCAGUACCGUCCACUGCUCACCCACGACAAGGUGGAGUUCAUCGAACAGAACGAGGAGUUUCUCGAGCAGUACCAGACGAUGACCUGCCGCUGUUGCAGCAAGUACUUCAGCACGUACAAGAACUUCAUGGCGCACGUGCGCAAGAAGUAUCCGCUGCUGCCGCGCAAUCUAUGCUUCAACUGCCUCAAGAUGAACGACUCCAAGGCGUUGUUCAUCUCGCAUCUGAAGAAGCGCAACUGCAUAAAUCUCUACAGGGUUUUAAAUACGCUGCGCGGCAAGACACCAGUGCUACCCAUCUCUGCCACGGAUGCGGAUGCAACUGAGGCUGCUGACGAUGGAGUCACAGCCACAGCUGUAGCGGUGGCAGAUGCCGCCGGAGCAGGUGCUGUCACAAUGGCCAGUCCCACGGUGACCAUUAAGGGAGAGACCGCCGCUACACCCGGUGAACGUCCAGAGAAGCUGCGCGCCAAGGAGCUGCUGGUGAACAAGCUAUACGAAUGCAAGCUCUGCCCUAAGGGAUUCCGCACCAAGCACGAGUUCCGCACCCAUGUCUACGACAAGCAUGCGGAUGUCCAGCGCAAGGACAACAACUCGAUACAGUGCAGCUUCUGUGGCCUGGACUUUGCCGAUCCGGUGGACAGGCGCCGGCACUACAACAACAUGGACUGCAUUGUCCGACUGCGCUGCAUGACGUGCGAUGCCAAGCUGGAGACGCACCAGCGAUUCCUCGAUCACGUCUACCAGGAUCAUCUGGGCGGCGUGGGCGGUGGCGCUGGCGGUGCCAGUAGUGAUAAUGCCUCCACAACGGGCAGCGGCCUAGCGAGGAGCAACAGUAUGGAGCAUUCGCCGGGCAAAAGGAGUCUGCUGGGUGCCCUGGGCAUUGGCGUUGGCUCAUCGGCGGAAGAGUCGCGCAGCAGCAGUGUGGCGCCCAUGCAAACAUCCACGCCCAAGCCAGCGGGAGGAGGUACAGCCACAACGGCCUCCGCGCCCAGUUCAUCGAAUCGUGGUGAUGCGUCAGCACCCAAGUCCCAGUACUUUUCACGAAUGCCACAGGUGUGUCCCAUUUGCGGACAGCAAUACAAUAACUACAACAACGUGCUGCGCCACAUGGAAUCGAAGCAUCCAAACAAGCUGCCCGAAACGUACAAGUGCGUACGCUGCGGCCUGGGCUAUCCGCGGAUCUCCUACCUGCGGGAGCACAUGAUCAAUGUGCAUGGCGUGGACAAGAAUCGGCACUCGGGCGGCUUCGAGUACAUUGUGAAUGCUGAUGCCGUUAAGCUGGCGGACGGCAGCACGCCGAAUGUGUACACGGGUCGCUACGACUACGUGAUGAAGGACCUGCUGUCGAUAACAAAUGGUGGGACCCUCGAUGAGGACGAUGAGGAGGCAGCGGGUAGCAGCAUGGCCAAGAAAAUGCGACUCGACGACAGCAGCAACAACAGCAGCUUGGCGGGCGUGGCCAGCCAGCAGCAGAAGGAGUGUCCCAUCUGCAAUGCUGUGUUCAGCAACAACAUUGGCCUCUCCAAUCACAUGCGCUCCCAUUACACAGCCGCCAGUGUGAUGACCGCAGCUCUGGCGGCGGCCAAUCGCAUGACACCCAAAUCACUGACCAUAACAGCAACACCAGCGACAACGACGGACGCAAGUCCAGAGGCAGAGGCAUCGGCCCAGCCAAUGACCAGCAGCAAUGUUGUGCCACCGGCGAUGGCAAAUCAAACGCCCCAGGAGCAGGCUGUAUUCCGGCGAAGUUUGGAUCAGGCGGCCGACCGUCGCUUCCGGCGAAUGCGUUGCCGUAUUUGCCAGCGGCGCUUCAGCUCAAAGAAGUCCUAUCGCUACCACAUGCUGACAGACCAUCAGGUGCAGAAUGUGCAGUUCAUCAAAUGCAAGUUAUGCAACGCGGAGUUCGCCUACGAGAAGGGUCUGAAGGUGCAUCUGUUCAAGGUGCAUGGACGGGCGAUCAAGGAUGAGAUGAUUAUCAAGCAGUUUGAGUGCGAGGUCUGCUCGAUUGUAUACAGCUCGGAGCUGGAGCUGCAGCAGCACAAGCGGAGUGUCCACAAGCUGACCUCGGCAUCGGCAUCGGUCUCUGCUUCAGCCUCAGCCUCAGCCUUGGCGUCCGCCUCCGCUUCUUUCAAGAUGGAGGACGAUGUUUUGAUGGACGAAGAGGGCAAGUCAACAGCCGAUCUGUCCACCCUUUCGGCCAACGCCUCGGGACUGGGAGUGGGCACACCGCUGUACUGGUAUCAGUGCAAAUACUGCCCCUCCAACUUCAACACCAACAAGAAGCUGGCCAUUCACAUCAACUCGCAUGACGAGUUCGACUCGAAUGAUUACUCCUGCAAGGAUUGUGGCAACGUCUAUAGCGGACGCAAGAGUCUAUGGGUGCACCGGUACAAGAAGCAUCCCCAGGUGCCCGACCCGGCCGAGUGCUCGCUGUGCCGAAAAAUCUUCUUCGAUCGCCAAAUGCUGGACAAUCACACGCCCACCUGCAACCGCAAGCCCAUCACCUCGACGGGUGCCCACCAGCAGCAGCAGCAGCAGCAGCUGCAGCAGCAGGAUUCAUUGCAGCAACAGCAGGCGGCACUGCAAAGGGCCGUUUUCAGGCACAAGACGGGCGACGAUGAUGACGAGGAGGAUGAUGGCCAGCAGCAGCAGCAGCUGGAGGAAAGCGAUAGCAAUGGGGGGGCAACAGCGUCGGCUGCUGCUGCAGCAGUGGCAGCUUCAGCCCAGGCUGCCCUGAAGAUACGCAUACCGGAAGUGGCCUGUACCAUUUGCGGGGCCCGGUUCACCGAUCAGGAGCACUUUAGCAAGCACAUCCAAAAGCACGAACAGGAGCUGUAUGUGGAUAAUCCGCUGGCGGCGAUGUUCGAUGAUGGGCCGGCGGAUGCUGGCCAGUUCCAGGUUGAGCGGCAGAAUGAGAAUGGGGAAUAUGCGUGCGAUUUGUGCGCCAAGACGUUCCCCCAGGUGAUUGCGCUCAAGGUGCAUCGCAAGUGGCAUUUCAGAGGUGAUAGCAAGCAGAACCCCAUCGACGGCGAAGCGACACAGUUGACCAACAACAAUCACACUACCAGCAACAACAACAACAACAACAGCAGCAACUCGAUGCUGCACCUCCGCGAGCUGCAUGCAGUGGGCCUGAUGCCCAACCAGCAGCAACAGCAGCAGCAGCAGCAGGAACAGCAGAGCCGCAGCAACAACAACAACAUGAACCACAGCGGCGGGAGCAGCAGCAGCAAGUCAAUGAAGCGGAAGCGUGAGCUUAAAUGCGAAUACUGCGCCUCCACCUUCAUCAGCAACAACAAUCUGCGCCGGCACAUGUACGAGCUGCACAAGCACGAGGUAAGCAAUCUCCCAGAGCCACCAAUCAUCCAGGUGGACGAUCAUCUACAGUGCCGUCGCUGUCAGCUCAGUUUCGAAACGAAGGAGCUGUGGAUCGAGCACAAGCUGGCCGAUGCCAAGGUGGUGCGUCCCUUCUGCCCCUUCCAGUGGGGCUGCGAUCUGUGCGGCGAGUAUCUGUCGCGAAAGGAGAAGCUAAUGAAUCACAUUAACAAUCAUCUUAAGGAGGAGGUCAUUGUCCCAGUGGCCACCAAGGCGGCCAUUAAACGCGAAGCGGCGGCGGCGGCGGCAACGGCAGCGACAGCUGCAAAUGCGGCGGAAUUAACAGCAGAUGAGGAAGUAGAUCAAGAUCGGGAGAACAAGGCUCGGGACAACAAAGAUAAGGCAACGACGGCGGUGGUGGCAGGUGGAAAAAAAGAUGAAGAAAGCGAUGACCUGGACGAGGAGGAUAGCUCCGGCGAGGAGGAGGAAAGUUCAGGCACGGGAGACGAUGAGGACGAUGAGGAAGAUGACUCGGAAGAUGACGAGGGCGAUGGUGGCGAAGGUGAAGACGAGGAGGGUGUGCAGCCUGGUCAGCUGUUGACUCAACAACAGCAGCAGCCGCAGCAGCAGCAGCACAACCAGGAUGACGAUGACCUGGUCGAGGAGGUCAAUAGCUCGGAUGACGAAGAUGAUGGUGAGGUGGAGAGCGACGACGACGAUGUCGGGGAGGAUGACGAUGAAGGGGAUGUUGACGAUGAGGAUGACGAUGUGGAGGAACCGGAACCGGUGGCAGUGGCUCAACCCCUGAUGAAUGGCAAUGGCAAGCCAAAAAUGCCGCUACUUAUCAUGCCCACUUCCGACGACGAUGAGGAUGUGGAUGAUGGUGUUAUGCCCAUCGAUGACAUUAUUGAAGAGGAAUUCGAUGAAGAUGAGGCCGAGCCAGAUGCCGAUCCCGAUCCGGAUGUGGAUGAUGCCAUUGAGGAGGUGGAUGACGAUGAUUUGGAUGAGGAUGGAGAUGAUGUGGAAAUGGAGAUGGAGGUGGAGAUGGAGGAGGAGGUGGUAUCGGCAGCCUCCUCCUCGGAGAGCGAGUCCUCGUCAACGACCACGUCCAAUUCGCAUUCGCAUUCGCAUUCACAUUCCACGGGUGAGCGGCGUAAGAAGAGGGCUGACGAUCAGUUGAAUGAUCCCAGCUUUACCUGUGAUCUAUGUCAACUUUGUUUCGAUUCCCAGGAGCUACUCCAGAGCCACAUCAAAAGCCAUUUUCUCAAUGGGCCAAAGCUCACAGUGGCAGCAGCAGCAACAGCAGCAGGCAGCAAGGCGGCGUCACUAGCAACCACAACGGCGGCACCACCACCAGUCAAGACGAAGCCUGACUCCAAGUCAGCCCUGCUGGCCAACAACAACAAUAAGAGCAGCAAGACUGUUGCAGCUGCAGCUGCCACAAUCUGAGUCACAUUCAUUCACUCAUCUCAGACUUAACUCGCAAACCCAAAACUCCUCACUUGAAAUGUACAAAGCCACACCGCCAUCAUCCUCAUCAUCUCAUCAUCCGAACCCUAACCAGAGCCAAGAGUAGCAAACGCAUUCCAUCAGCAGUUCGGCCACGACGAUAUAUGUAUAGCACGUGGGUGGCGUGUGUCCUACCUACAAUACUUUUUAGCUUGCUUCUAGUCUUAAGAACUUAACACACACACACACACACACACCGAUAUAUAUAUGCAUCAUAUAUAUAUAUUUAUCUAAGAACUAUAUUUUUUUUUUCAAUGUUAAACUAGUUCUAUUGAUCGAAACUAGAAACCAGUGAUAAGUCUGGUUUCUGGGGUCGAUAAAUGGAAUACUAAAGUGAACACAAGCUAGAACUAGGGCCAAGUUUAAUCUUUAAACUAUAAUAUACGAAAAAAACACACAUAUUAACCAGAUAUAUAUAGUCAUAUAAGCUAUAGUUUAGGUUACCAUUACACACAUCAAUUAUUCAAGCUGAAUAAAAGUUUCACGAGACGCACCAAAGCCAAGAAGAAGGGGAAUCAGCUCAGUUAGACUUAGUAAAAGCCAUCAGGAUUUUCAAAGUAUUUUUCACACACGCGUGACAAGCAAGCACACACACACAAAGGUUUGAAAAACCCAAAGCGAUAGAUGUAUACAUCUGAUUUUUUUUUUUUUUUUUUGAUUUGAUUUGAUUUUUCUUCUUGUUUUUUGUAUUUAAACCUUGGUCUUCCCCCGAAGCAUGCCCCCUUUUGGAAACAGUUAAGAACAGGAAACCAUUACAAUUGAUUAGCAAAAUCCACAACCAAUUAUUAGUUCAAGACUUCUGAAAUUUUGAAAUCUUUUACCUUUACUAGGAAUUGCAGUAUACCUGGCACACCAGCCACAUGUUCCAUGACUCUCGUUCGUAAUUAUGCUGGGGGAGUUCAUAUUUCGACUUCCAGACCCCCACACACAUCGUCUUUUAUAACAAUUGGCUUUCUCUUUACCUUACUGUAUGGCAAGGAAGACCAAGAUCAAUGCCAACGUAGAUGGAAGCUCACUACGGAGAGCCUCCUUCCAUUUAGACUGUCGAUAGUUACAAGAAUAUGCAAUUUAUCUGGCACACCAGCCACAUGUUCCAUGACUCUCGUUCGUAAUUGUGCUGGGGGGAGUUCAUAUUCCGACUCCCAGACCCACAUUUCUUAUUGAAACACAUCGUCUUCUAUAACAACUGGCUUUCUCUUUACCUUACUCUAUGGCAAGGAAGACCAAGGUUCAUACCAUACCAACGUAGAUGGAAACUCACUAAGGGAGAGCCUCCUUCCAUUUAGACUAUCGACACUAUCGGCAUUAUAUGUAAAACCUAUGCUUAAGAAAUCCCUAAUAUGUAUAACUGAAACUGUAGUCUAAAACGUACAAAAUAAAAUAAAAACAAGAAGUGCAUAUGUAAGCAAACUUUUGUCCCUCACGCGUUGAAGAAUCGAAAAGAAAAUAAAAGAAAUAUAAACCGAAAAAA